AUGUACUCCGAAAUCCUACGGCGAGUGAAGAAGGAUAGCGCUUGUGGUGAGGCUAGCGAUUACGUCGAGAAGAUCAGACGCACGGCCGCAGGGGAUAUGCUGAUUAUCCUCAACAAGAAGGAGACCGAUGGAGCUUCCCAGCUAAGAUCAGCCAUUGCUGACCUGCUCGGCCAAGAGGCCCACGUGCUAAGCAAAGAGCCCUGGGAAGAUAUCGAAAUCAAGGACAUUGAUGAGGAGACAUCCAAAGAGGAUGUCCUUGAGGCCCUACAGAGAGCUGUAGGUGAGGAACACCAAAUGGGUCCUGAGACCAUCCGAUCUAUGCGCAAAGCAUACGGUGGAACUCAAACUGCUUAUUUGACCCUCACGUCAGCUGCGGUGAAGAAGAUCCUGGAAGAGGACGACCACGGGAAGAUGAAGAUCGGCUGGGUAAACUGCCGCAUACGUAGAGUACAGAGGCCGGUCAAGUGUUUCAAGUGCUGGCACUACGGACAUCUCGCCAGCAAGUGUAGGAGCGCAGUGGAUCGGUCGAAGCUCUGCCCAAGAUGUGCAGGAGAUGGCCACAAGGCCAAGGAGUGUCAGAAGGAUCCUCGGUGCGCCCUAUGCGCUAAAGAUGGGAAAACGGAGAAUUGUGCCCAUGUCGCUGGCAGCAGCAGAUGCCCGGCUUACAGAGAGGCACUCCAAAAGCUUACUAACAAAAGGCGAUAA